AUGACUGACAGAACACGAUCAUCAAUGCAAAAUGUAUCUUGUCUUCGUUCACAUUCAUGUCAUGAUAGUCGAGAUAAAGUUAAUCGAACAGUUAGUGAUUUACAUCGACAAACAGUUGAUCGUGCUCAACGUCGUUUUGAACAACAAUUAGCUAAAAGUGAACGUGAAGUAAAAUUAGCUAUGAAUCAACGACGUGAUUAUUCUUCAUCACCUGCUGAAAAAAUUCAAGCAACACAAUAUCUUGAACAUCUUCGAACAACACUCAAUAAUGAUUAUACACAACUUAUCCAAGAUAGAGUUGAUGAAGUAGAAAAACAUAUGAAUCAACGUCAUGAUGAAGAACUUCAACUUGAAAAAGUAGUAGCUCAACGAAAACUUCAAGAAGCUUUAGAAGAAGCACAAGUGCAAAGUGAAAAAAUGCGUCAUGAAUCAAUUAAUCAAAUAAUACGUGAACGUGAUGCAAUUUGUGAAGAAAAAUUAGCUGCUCAAAAAACUCUUUACAAUCGUCUUCUUCAAGAACAAGCUCGACGUUUACGUGCUGAACAAGCACUUCAAAAUAAUGAAUCAUCAACAUUUACUGAACAUAUUGAUAUGGCAGAAUUAAAAGGUCGUUUAGCUCGUGUAGAAUAUGAACAUCGAGAAUUAAAACAAUUAAUAAUUGAUUUACGUACAGAUCUAUCGAGUAUAUUUACUCAACAACCAAAAUAUAAAAGUACAGUUAAUAUACCAAAUUUUAUUGUUAGACCAUAA